CAGGUAAAUGUGGAAGUAGAACCCAGUGUGGCGACGCCGUGUGUGGGUGUAGUGUGUUCCCCUUUGUACGUGUGUGUGCCCCUCGCCAAGCUGAACCCCGUGGAUAUACCUGAGCUCCCUGCGUGUGUGUGUGCGGCAAGGGAGGAGGGGAAGGUGUCAUUGGAAAGCUUGAAGGACCUGCAACCAUGUCUUCCCUCCUACGGGCCUUGUUCACGGGCACGAGCAAACACAAGAAGCUGUCGGAGGAGUGGGCCACCUUGCGAGAGCCCGUGGUGGAGGGCGUCACCUUCUAUUGCAAGUAUCUCGGCUCCACCCUCGUCGACGAUCCGAAGGGCGAGGCGGCCACGGCGGAGGCGAUCAAGCGCAUCAUCCACACGGCUAAGCUGGUGGCGCGCAAGCCCGAGCUAGUGGGUCUUCAUGUGUCCCUGCAAGGCAUACGUAUGGAGGACAGCGUGACCAAGGAGGUGUUGCUGCAGACGUCCAUUUAUAAGAUAUCCUACUGCUCCGCUGACGCCCACUACGACCACGUCUUCGCCUUCAUCGCCACCACCGAUAAUGAGACCUGCGAGUGCCACGCCUUCCUCUGCCCCAAGCGGAAGAUGGCUCAAGAGGUGACCAUCUCCAUCGCCCAGGCCUUCAACCUUGCCUACGAGUGCUGGAAAGUCUCGCUCAAAAAUAAGGAGAAUGAUGGAGAGGCUUUUGGACAUGAGGAACUGCCCGCUGAGGUGACAGUCGGGUCAGUGGCUGGUCUGAAUGGUGCCCUGCCCUCCCAGUCCCAGCCCUCCUCGCAGGCCUCCUCCCCCAUACCCAUUCGCUCGGACUUUGGUUCUUCAGACAUGAGCACUUCUGGUUAUCAGUCCAGCUCCCAGGCCUUACUCAUAGACCUGGAGGACUCAGCAGAGCACGCCAAGCCCACCACAGCCCACUGCCCGCCCCAAGGCAAGACCUCACCCUUCAGCAAGCCCCUGAACGCCACGGAGGACCUCGGCGAUAUUAGUGAUGGAUUCUCAAGGCUAGCUUUAAGGCGCGGAAACCUUCCCCAGCCAAUGGCAAGUCUUGGCAACCAUCAGGGUUUGGGCGAACUCGGUCUUGCAGCGUCUCCGACCGAGAGUGUCUCCUGGCCAUCAACUAGCCUCCCCCAGCUGGCCGCCACACCCCUAGCCACCAGCCCCCCACCAGAUCCAUGGGGGGGUGGCGGGGAGGGCUGCCAGAGUCCAACAGAGGCGUGGGAGAUGUUUUCGCGUUCCCCAAACACAGCUUUCCUACACUCCUGUCAGUCGCCUCCUUCGCCAUCAGUGUUGAAUCUACAGUCGCCACCACAAUCGCCUCCGCCUCAGUUACCACCACAGGCACUCCAGUCACCAUUCAACAGUCCAUUCUCAUUCCCUCAAGGUCACACAUCAGACCUCUCCUGCUCAAACCAAGUCCCACCAUGUCCCAGUGUCAGCCAGCGAUGGGACAGCUUUGCCCCGUCACCUACCAGCCCCACAGGGAGAGAGAACCCCUUCCUCCCCACCACCAAUCCCUUUAUCCCGAGUACCCCAGUGAUCGAGGUGGCUAGUGCUGCCCCCCCUCAGUGCCCAGUGGAGUCCCCCAGGGUGGUGGUGGGGCCGGGGGGCAGUGGGUGUAGUCCGGGUCGCCCUGUGUGGACUGCGGACUUCUUCAGCGGGUCGAAGAGUAAAAACGUCAUAUGUUCUUAGUUUUUUUUUUUUUUUUUUAGUGUUGUGGUGACUCUUUUUCUUUAUGCUAUUACUAUCAUCUAUGUAAUUUUUCGGCUUCAUUGCAAACAUAAGUAUCUUGAAUGGUGUGCUUGGGGUUAAUAUAUCGGUGGGUUGUCCCUUACACGAACACUUGUACCUUUUUUUCAUACGUUUUCCUUGUACUUCCGUCAGGCUCUAAUAUCACUUGUCAUGCCUGGCUGGGUAGUGAGAUACAGUGGUUUGAUAUCAACAGAAGAUCGACAACUAUUAACAGUGUGAAGUUAGUUUGGGGUUCUCUGAUAGCAAAAAAACAACUAUGUACCAUCAACAGCGUGUGGGGUUACUCGCUGAAAUAGUGUUGCGCAUAACCAUUAACAAACCUCUACUCGGAGAAACACCUACACAUAAUUUCUUGCUCUCGUGCGUGUGUGUUUUCAUAAGUUCUUGUUCAUGCUAUUCUCACAAGUUCAUAAUUUCUCACAAGUUCUGGUGUGCAUAACGAGUGUGUGUAUUUUCUUACAAUCAUAUCUUGUGGCCUAAAACGUAAAUGAUAAGUCUGUAAAUAUAUAUAAAGCUUCCGUUUGCUUCCACUGCAAUUUCGUGUUAUCUUUCAUCAUCAUUUAGCUGGUUUAUAUAUGAGAUGUCUGGCAGAGAUGGAGUGUAGGGGACAAAGCCAUUUUUUCUCUGCACUGGGAUAAGCAGGCUAGGCUACAUAUCCCAGGAAGAAAAGGAUGCGUUACAAGGUAAAAAAGAGUCUCGGUCCACCAAAUGCAAGGUCACUUUUCCCCUCCUGUUCCUUGUUCUUCCUACAUUGUGUUCAAACCAGAGAAAAUGGCUUGUCCCUGUCACUCCUCUGUUGGAUGCCUCGUAUAAGGUUUUCUUGGCUUCAUUAUUUCAUUUAGGUGUUUAUAGGCAUUGUGUUGGUGUGUGUAUGCAAUCACAACACACAUCCUCAGGGUCAUAUGCAGAAGUUUGGGGCAUCAAGACCAUGAACUAAGGGACUGGCAGGCUUUCAUUAUGCAUUUCCGAGUUGGCUUUUCAUUGGGACAACUUCAAGACGUUUAUAGGCAUGUGUGUGUGCUUGUGUAUGUAUGCAAGCACAACACACAUCCUCAGACUCAUAUGCGAGAAAAUGAGUUUAGGGGUGGCAAGACCAUGGACUGAGGGGCUGGCCUUCCAUUAUGCACUUCCGAGUUGGUUUUCAGUGGUCUGUAAGCUGUCGCCUGUUAUGUGUUUGAAGAUGCCCCAAACUUAACCUCACCUAGCCUAACAACAGGGGUGACAAUACCAUGGACUGAGGGGCUGGCAGGCUUCCAUUAUGCAUAUCUGAGUUGUCUUUCUGUGGGCUGUAAGCUGUCGCCUAUUAUGUAUUUGAAGACGCCCCAAACUUUACCUAACCUAACAAAACCACAGAAAGUUACCACACAUCUGCGUUUUUGGGAAGCUUCAAGGCAUCUGUCCCAUCGCCCAAGAGCAUGGAUGGCCUAUAAUACUACACAGUACACAUUCAUCUUCCUAGGCCUUCCGUAACCUCUGUAUAGCUCGUGUCCAGUACUAAUGAUGUGCUGAGAACCUGUUUGUAAGUGUGUUUGUGUGUAUGUGAGAGUGUGGGUGUCAGUCUUUUUCUACUGGUGGUGAUUAUUAUGAUUGUGUAAAGUGCUGGUUGUAGUGGCAAUAGUCUGUCUCGUGUGAUUUUUUUUUUUUUAGUGUGUGUGUGUGUGUGUGUGUGUGUGUGCGUGUGUGUGUGUGUGUGUUUUCACGGCUUAACCUUUCCGUAUGUGGUGCGUGUAAAUAGUUCUCGAGAUGAUUCUAAUUCUAACAUGUUGAAGGUAGUCUAUCAUGUGAGUCAGUGGCUACAUCCCUGCCUCACCCACCCUCACUGUCUCUGUACAUAGAUCUGAUCGCACAAAGAUGUAGUAUUAUGGUAUGUUAAGGAGGGAGAGCACUGAUGUAUGUGUGUUAUUGAUAAGGCUGCAAUAUGAUUCUAGUGUGUGCAUAGAAUCAUUGAGUGUUUGUAUAAAGUGACGUUGUGAGUGUGGGGGUAUAAUGGGCUUGAGAGAUAUAAGUGUUUACAUAGAGAGACAUUGUAAGGAGUUUAGUGUUUGCAUAAGGAGAGACAGUGUAAGGAAUAAAGUGCUAUAAGUGAUUGCAUAAAGAGACACAUUGUGAGUUUCGGCAAGUCUUGUAAUGAGUUUAAAGCUACGAGUGUUUACAUAGAGAGAGAUUUUAAGAAUGAGCGAGGUUUGUAUAAGGAAAGUUAGUGUUAAAAGUGUUUGCAUAAAGGGAACUAUUACGAGUGUAGGCUUGUAUAAUGAGGUUGAGAGCUACAUGUUUGCAUAAGGAAAGAUGGAAUGUGGGCAAGUCUUGUAUAAAUGAAUUUAGUGCUACGAGUGUGUGCAUAAAGAGAACUAUUAUGAGUGUAGGCUUGUAUAAUGGAGUUGAGAGCUACAUGUGUUUGCAUAGGGAGAGAUUGAGUGUAGGCGAGUCUUGUAUAAAGGAUUUCUGUGCUACAAGUGUUUACAUAAGGAGACAUAUUGUGAGUGUUGGCAAGUCUUGGAAGGAGUUAAGUGCUACAAGAGUUUAGGGAAGUCUUGUAGUAUGGAUUUGAGAGCUAGAAGUGUGUAUAAAGAGCGUUGUGAGUGUAGACAAGUCUUGUAUAAUGGAGUUGAAGAGCUGCAGUGUUGUGUGAUAGUCUCCAGCUACUCUUAGGGUGAUGUCCAGUAUAAUUAAUAUUUCUGUGAUACUUUUGGUGUCCAGCACGGAGAGUGUUGGGUCAGUAUAUGUAUGUGCAUGUGUAUGUGUGUGUGAGCCUGUGAUUGAGUGAGAGAGUGAGAAUGAGAGAGGAGGAGUGAAAGUGAGAAUGUCAAUCGCAACUAGUUUUUUUUUUAUAAUCCGAAAUCUAUUAGUCAUUGUGUUGCUUCAUUCAAUAUUCUGUGAGGUUGUUUACUAGACUAAGCAGUUUUAUGUGUUACUGCUGCUGUAUAUAUAUAGAUUUUUCAUUGCCAGAUAGUGUGUGUGUGUGUGUGUGUGUGUGUGUGUGUGUGUGUGUGUGUGUGUGUGUGUGUUCUUUUGCAUUUGUCUAAGCACUUGGGUUUCUGCACUGAAGUUAAGAGUUGGGUUCAAUAUUAUAAAUGGACUAAACUACUUUCAUUUAUUAUUUUUUUUUUUUUGAGUGUGUGUGUGUGUGUGUGUGUAUGAAAGUGUGAGACCGAUCGUCACAUCCCUCUCAAUCUCUGUGUGUGUGUGUGUGUGUGUAUGUAUGUGUACAGUGCUAGUGUUUUUACUGUGGUUGCGGUGUUGGGUUAAGUUUUUUUUGUGGUCAGCGGCAGACUCUGGGUACAAACUAUGGACAGGAAUACAUAAAAAAAUAAAUAUUGAUAAGUGAAUAAAAAAUGGGGGAGCCGAAGUAAUAGAAGUUCCCCCACAAAAAAGUUUGAUGUAUAAAGUUUUGGAAUAAGAUAAUCAUAUAGA